AUAACCUUCUUCCUCACUUGUUCUCUCGCUGCUGGGACUUCAACCUCACACGGAGGCAGCUCCACGGCCCCGGAUGGAGACACAGAGUGGAUGGGUGGACGUCAGCCCGCUGGUGUCACGGAGUGAGGUUCUGAGGGCCUUCAGCAAGUCCGAGUCGGAAGAUUCAGGAGUGGAGAUGGCCAGCGGUGACCACCGCUGCCCUCUGAGCUCAGGGUCAGAGGGAGACCUGGCCAGGCUCUCCCGCGCCAGCAGCCUCCAGCAGCUCCCGCGGGCCUCCGAGUCAAUCCCGCUGGCCCGCCACUGGUCUGAGCUGGAGCUGGGCCGAGGCCUGGCAGAAGGGCCUGUCCCGCAACUGGAGCCGAUCCAACAGAAGCUGCAGCGGGCGCUCCAGCGGACGUUGUCGCGGAAACGGGGAUGGGCCGCCCAGGCCUGGGAGGGUGGGUCGCCACUGCCCAGCAGGCUCCAGUCUCCCCUCCUGUCGGCUAGGCCCCUGGCACACUCCCAGCCUGGACUGGCUGACCGUGGCGAGCAGGGUGGACUGGGGCCUCCAACCACCAACAGCGCCUCACACCCUAAGGAGAGAGGGCGGGAGCUGAAUGCCAGCGAGCCAGGCCUGAGGUACCUGCAGCAGGUCUGUCGGCUCCUGGACAGGAUCGCAGACCUUCAGGAAUGCAACAUUCAGCUGAGACGAGACAAGAUGGAGAUGGAGGAGAUACUCAGGCAAACACAGAGAAAACAGGAGAUGCUCCGGCGACACUGCUGUUGUGGGUCGGCCUCUCUCCUCCUGCCCCCGCCCCACACCAGGGACCCGCGGCUCCGUCUGCUCCCUGCUCCCCACCGUCAGCACUGGCAGAGGAGGUGGGCCUCAGAUUCCAGCAUCGUCAGGGAGGCCAAGGCAGGGUCGCCGGGGCCGGACGAGGCCACUGGCAUUGCGCCGUCCGUCGACGAGACGGACUCCAGACCUGCUGACACUGAGGAUGUGCAGGCAGGCAGAGGUCACGCCAAGAACCGUUCUUCAAUGAUGAUGAAGAACGAUCAGUCUCACUGGGGCAGAGUGAGGGAGCUGGUCAGCCGGCUGAAGCCCAAAGCAGCCAAACGCCAGAGCGUGGUGCUCAACAUCGGAGGCGACGUUCCCGAGUCAAAGGUGAAGGAGCAAGUGUCCAGGCCAGGACCCCGUGGUGGAGGACAGGAGGGCAGCUGGGGUAUAGGAGCUGAAGAAAUUAUGGUGGGGCUUCAGGGCUGCAAGUGGAAGGGAGACUGAUCGGGCAGUCCCUGACCUGGAAAGAGGCCGUGGCCAGGAGGAAGCUCAACACACGUGUUGCGUGAACAAAAUCAUGGGAGCUGGGGAAGGGGAAGCACCAAGUCUGAGCUCUCUGCUCCAACAAGGGCCUGCCCGUGGUUAUACUGAACACAACGUCUCUGUAUUCAAUUCACGGGGUUCACUGAGAUAUAUUCUCACUUAAUAAAGAAU